AUGUAUGUUUUCUUGUCAUCUUACCAAUUAAGUUAUGUUCAAUCUUCUUUUGAAUUUAGAAUAAAAGAUUUUGGUGAUAUACUAUUUGCAGAAAAUGAUCGUCGCUCAAAGUAUGUUCGUAUACCAUUCACACCCAUUCUUGAUGAUUCGACGACGACAAAAUCCUCAUUAUUUCGAAAGUUAGAUUCAUCAGAGUUUCUCGACGAAAUAGAUUCGAAUGACGCAUCAUCUUCCAUUGAUGAUAUUGAAAAUGAGACACAGCAAAAAACAUUUGCAGAACGUAUUGUUAAUUUAAUGCGUUACGGUUGGAAAUUACCAUCACCUCAAUUGAUUAUUUCUGUGAAUGGUGGUGCACAUCUUUUCAAAUUAUCAACACCAAGAAUACGAAAUGCUUUUCAACGUGGUCUCAUUACUGCUGCUGUUACUACAGGUGAGUAUAGUUACUUCUGA